UUUGCUAGCUUGACCAAACUCAUCCUCCGACGCCACCUGCUACACAGACGGGUGACCGAGGAAGAGCACUCAACUGCGGCGUCUCGUCGACCGUUAUCCGGGACCUGGAGGCUCACCUGGAGGUAGGUUAUCUAUCUGUACACAUCGCAAUGGUGAUGAAAAAAGACUGUAAGAGAUCAGACACUAAACCGGGUUUGUUAUCCUCGACGGAUAACUGAUGAUCGGCGCCUGAGCAGAUCCAUUUCUUUCUCCCCUCAGAGUCUGUCACCGGAUUUCAUAACAAAAAUUGGGGAUUUUGGCAGUAUCCUGGGUAAUGGCGGAGACAGAUGUGUGACAGCACACGAAAAACAGAUUUUCCGAAUGAUGUGAACACUGAUUUAGAUUCGGCAAACAGAAAUCAUGUUAUUGAAGGUGCAAACACCAUUUGCAAAUUGUUGCAUACCAGAACAAACAACGUUUGACCGCAAAAAUGGUGCAUAAUCUACCGCAAAAAUGGCAGGCUAUUAUUAAUUUUGCUCCGUGUGUGACGAUAACAGGCAAAUCCAGGAAAAGAAGGUGCUGUAGGACUGAAAAGCAAAGAAAUGCCAGAUGAUAAAUAUCACUUUCACCUGUAAUUGUAGUCCUGUCAUCCAAAAAUAAUGUAUGAUUUAAUGUCUCUUAACUACAGGAUGUGAAGUAAACUUUCUAUUUUUCAUGUAAACAUGAGUUUAUGAUGUUUUACAGCAGGUGGAACUGUGUGAUAGACAAACCCCAGGUAUAAGUAAUAAAGCCACUCAACAAUAACAGCAGUACAAAGUACAGUUUUUCAGAGAUACCAGAAACCAGGAGUUCUGUUAGGUUGGCUGUUAUUCAGGAGUAUUCUCUAAUCUUUACAUUUUAAAUAUUUUCAGAGUGUGACUUUUUGCAUGCACACCUUGCAAUGAAAUUCUUCAUUAACCAACUCCCAUCACAGGAAGAGACCUACAAUUGCCUAAGCUGUAUUUUCCUUACUCUGCAGAGAUACUGACCUGAUAUACCCGAGCUGCCUCUUGUGUAAAGAAACCUGAUAUGGCACGGACUUGAACAAAAUUGUGAGGUUUGGAAAACCGCAUGAGAAAGUUAAAAGGAAAUUUCCUGAGAUUUUCUGCACAACAGAACAGAACAAAACAAAACAAAAAAACCCUUCAUCGUAACAAUAGCCUAAAAUAACUGAGUUUUGCUUUGAGAAGCCAAGUUCACACAGAUUUCCUGGCAAACUUGAGGGUUGUGAGCGUGAGAAACAAGAGAAGUAAAGAAAAUAUCAGAUUUUUUGAUGGUAUAUCUGUGUUUUUAGGACUGUUUCUGUUAGCCUCGUACAAAAGCACGGUCAUAAAGCAAGCUAAUUCUUCCUCAGGACCUUAAUUUACAAUAAAUCUGCCAUUUAUUGUAUCCAUAUUAAAACUUCUUGCUUGACAUCAGCAGUUGUUUUCCACUGCUACACAUUUUUUGCACUGUUAUAUUAUGUCCUAAUGUAUUUAUAUAAACCUGCUAUCAUUAAUCCAUGCAUCACCUCUGAAUUUGCAUAUUUGGAGAUUACAUCAUCAUCUUUGCAGAGUAGCAGUGUUGCUUUAAUGUUUUUGCAGGAGUUUGUUAUUAGUAUUCAAUUGAAGGUGGCUUCAUGUAUCUCUGUCUUAGGUGUGUGUGAGCAGUAUGAGAGCUGCCUCAGACUCUCUGUGAACCAUGGCAUCCACGUUGUCCCAGCUGCAGGUCGGCUGGCUGCGUGGUCUACGAGCCAAACUUCUGCAGCGCCACAAGCAUCAGCCUCUAGUAUCAUGUUUGGUGGGUCUGUACGGCUGCAGGUGGAGACGAUGUGAGAGGAGCUUCACUCAACAGGGGGAAUGCUGCUGCAACAAGGUCAGACACAUAGAGGUGCACUGGAAACAUGUAAGGUAACAUUUUAGUCAUUCAUGCAGCUCCAAAUACAGAUAAGAGGUUUAAACAAAACACACAUGCAUGAAGGAGAAGGAGGAAAAUUGGAAAACUAUACACUUAAGAAUUAUAUACUUAUUUAUGAGGAAUAGUGCAGACUAAAACUGAAUGAGUGAACAGAAACACAAAGCUAGUCAUGACAUGGUAUACAGUGUUUCUAAACCUCUAGGUCAGGGUCCCUAAUGAGUCACAAGACCAGGUAAGAGGCUAUAAGAUGAUUAAAGGGAAAAUACACUCUUUAUAUUCUUGCCAAAGGUGUUUCAGGCUUACUGGAAUUUCACCAACACAAGUAGAAACAGUUUUAGAGAGAAGCAAAGACACAUAACAGGCUGCUUCACUUUAUUUACAACUUCUGCUGUUAUUAAACUUCUCAGAUUAAUGAGAGCCUAUUUUUUUAGUCACAUUGUCACACCACUAAAGAACAAUUUCCUGUGUAAGGCCCCCUCUCUCCUUAGAGGUCAAAGAUCAGCCCACUAUCUCUAUGGAAACAGAGCAAUAAAAUGGUCAAAAGCACAUGUUUCUCAUUAAAAAUGUCUUUUUUUUUAUGUGUGUGUUGGCAGUUGGAGGGUGUCAGCUUCGCUCUGCUCGUGGUGGCUUUCUGCUUAACGCUGGUCUUUCUCUAUUUCUGGGGUCAAGCAAAGAACGACUACAAUGACUUUGACUGGUGGGUGGAGUCACACUUAAUCGUGUUUAAUUACUGAACACACAAACAUUGGUGACGGUCGUGGCCGCAAAUCCUGCUGAAGGCUCACGGGGGCAAAAGAAGCUCCUGGUACCCUGUUAAACCUGAAGUUAAUCCAGUUUUUCUUACUUUUUUAUCCUGGUGCUACAUUUAGAAAAUAAAACAUACACGUUUAAAUGAAGACUUGACCAUUUCAUCUAUUGUAGUACGUAAUAUAAUCAAAAGAUUCAGAUAAAUCUCUGCAAAAAUAGGGACAAACUGAUACUGGAUGUUGGGCUCAAAAUCACAUCUAUAAUCCACUGUCUCUGAACACUAGUGUUGUGUUGUUCACAAAUGAUUCGUUCAAAAGAACCAAAUCUUUUAAAUGAACAUACUGAACCGAAUCACUUUGUCAAGUGAUUUGUUCAUUUCUCAGUUGAGUUGUCAGCAAUGCAGCUGCGUUGCCAGGUGAGCAGGCGGCGAGCGAGGGACUGCACGCGCUGAGGCCUGAAUCACUUGGUGAAUGAAUCAUGCAGUGAACUACACUCUCUAGAAUCAUUUUUGUUUGAGGGGUUUCACUUAUAUCGCCAUUGUUCCCCGUUGUUUUAACAGAUUUAGUAGGACAUAGUAUGUUACAAGUAGUGUAUAAGACCCGCAGUUUGAGAAAUGCGUGACUGAUCCUGUCAUUGCGGCGAUUUGUGAGGAAACUGUGCUUGUUCAGCGUGAAUUCUUCACUGGAAUCCUGGAACUCGCAGGCUCCUCUCGCCAAGCGCUGAAUGAUUCAGUGAUUCAGUGAACGAAUCUUUUGAACGAAUCUUUUUAAUGAACUGAUUCUAGCGAUUCAGUACAUCUAAAAGAACUGCUGUGCCCAUCACUACUGAACAUAUUCUGUUGCUGUAUUCAGUCCAUUUUAAGAUCAGCUGAAGCAAAGGGGAAAUCUGUUCUGUGGUCUGAUGAAUUUAAAUUUGACAUUCUCGUUGGAAAUCUGGGCUGCAGCAUCCUUCACACUUCAGUUUAAGAGGGGCCACCCAGCUUGUUGACACAGUAUACUUCAAAAGCUAGCAUCUCUAAAGGUCUGAGGAUGCAGAAGGGCCCAUAGCCUGAGUAGCUCACACAUCUGGGGAGGCAACAUAUGCUGCCACCCAGAUAUUUUCUUUUUUUAGGUGAGGUUUAGCUCUGAGAGAAUGUUAGGAGAAGUGGUGAAACAAUAUAAAAAAGUGGUCAUUUUCUUCUCACUAGGAAAGAGACCACAAGGCUCUGAGAAAAGUAUGCAGCAAAGCUAGACUAAAAAACAGACUGCUUCUGAUCCCAACAUCCCAACAAAAGAGAGAAAUACAUUGAAUUGUUUUAUUUAAGCCAGAAAAGCCAUUAUCCUGAAAUCACAGCCCUCUGGAAAAUCUCACAUAUGGAAUAAAAAGAAAGCUGGUAGUGAUGAUGGGGUCGGGGAAUACAUUACGUAAAACAGGAGACUUCAUUUCCCUUCUUGCGCGAGACUUGGGAGCCUGUUUUGGAAAUGUAAACCAGCCCCUCUGAUUCAGACAAUGGAGUUCUGUGUGUGUGUGUGUGUGUGUGUGUGUGUGUGUGUGUGUGUGUGUUUGUGUGUGUGUGUGUGUGUUUAUAGGCAGUAAGGCUUCAAUUAACUUCGUCAUUUUAAUCCACCUUGAAAGAACUGGAUUUAGUUUUUCUGGAUAUCUGAUUGAAAGGAGCUUUGGGUCUGUGUAUAUUAUCUUAAUUUUGCAGUUGAAUGCUUUUUAAUUCAAAGCCAGACUAGCUGUGUUUACAGUGACAUUUGUAACCACCUUUUUCUGCUCUUACCCGUCUUUAACUCUCUGUGCAUGCUAUAUUCCAGACUCUACCCUUGCUUUCUUCUUUUCUGAGGUGGCAUUUCACUCGCUAACACACUUUCUGACUCUACCUGUGGUUAUGCAGGUUUAACUUUGGGAUCAUGGGCUUCUGGUUUCCCUGGUCUGUGGUGCUGCUGGUCAUCGCCGCAGGCUUCUUCACCUACAUCACUGUACUCGUGGUGAGGCUGAUCAAAGAAAUCUUACAUUUACAGACAUUUAAGUGACAGCUGCUUUGUUCUGAAGGAAUAUCGUAGUCUGACAUUUUGGGACAUUUUCUUUUGCUUGUGUGUGACAUAGAAAAUGAGGAAGAGAUAAGUUGAACUUGUCUAUAAGCAGCCGAAAUUGUCCAAAGUUCACACGGGUGUUACAGUGUUGGGAACAAUAUAGCACAAUAGUAUAAUAAUUUACCUGAACCACAGCUCCCAUAUCACCAACAUCUGAGGCCUACAAUAAUAAAAAUGUUGAUAAUUUGUCAAACCAACUCAUAAAUCAGCUGCUGAUACUGUUUAUUUGGACAUAUUUGAUUAAUACUCUUUGUGAAUAGAUUAAAGAAUGAAAUAAUAAAUGAAUAGAAUAACAACACAGUUGGGUGUGUGUGUGUAUUUUAAUGUGUGUUAUUCUUCUCUGCAGCUGCUGGCUGUGUGUUUGUUGUCAGAAGGGCAGAAGCUUUAUUUACACUGGAGUCACAAGGUAAAAGUAACUGCUCAUGUUUUGAUAUCUGAGUAAAUAAAAAAAAGAGCUUUGUGCGUGUAGAAGUGAAAGACACUCUGUAAAGGAUUUGAGUCGUGCAGACCGAGGCGCAACAAGCAUAAGUUUGAAUAGAGUCACAUUUCAGCUGUAAUCCUUGCAUCAGAUUUGCAAAUGUCAGACUGAUUUCAUGUUUAUUUUACUACCAAGACUUUAUGAAACUUAAAAUGUCAAAUAAAGAUUUGGGUCAGUACUUAAAGCAACAACCACAAUCACAAUCACACAACGAAACGAAAAAGUAACAUUAGUAUACAAUUGUACUGUUGAAAAUACAAGUAUUAAGGGUACUAAUUAUUAUUAUUUCAGAGUAGAUGUCUAAAAGAAAACUGAAAUGAUUCUUGAUAACUGACGUGAUACUUUGAAUUAUACGUAGACACAAAUUGUUCACAUCACAUCUGCAUUUCUUAUUUGCCUCCCAAAGAUCAUGCUCCUGGUGAGUCUGACUUUCUCCAUCGUCGCCACCGCCGUCCUGUCAGACCUCUGGAGUAAAGAGUGGAAAACAUUGCUGCUUUCCUUUCAGGUGAGUCUCCUUGUCCUUUCUCCUUCCCAUGAGCCUUUGCUCCCUCUUGUAUUGUUUCCACUCUUGAUACCUGGCUCUGCUUUCCGCGCUUACUCAGAUAACCGCACCUUAUCUACAUGUGGGCGGAGUCUUACUGAUGACAGCGCUGGCCUGGCCGAUCGCUUUGCAUUUCUUUCAGAUGAGCAGCAGAGGUGAGCUGCACGGUUUGUGUCGUGAUUUUUGACUUGUUUAAAAGCUGUGAGGAUGUUUGAUAAUGAUCAUGCUCUGAAAGAAUAGAUGAGCAACAUUUGAAAAACCCUCAUCAGCCUAUUUACCAGAUAGAUAGAUAGAUAGCUAGAUAGAUAGAUAGAUAGAUAGAUAGAUAGAUUAGUGGUGUGUCGGUCUUGAACGAACGGAUCAAAAGAACUAGUUCUUUUUGAUGAACGAAAUGAACUAGUUCUCCCCCUCUAAAUGACCUGUUCAAUCCGUUCAGUUCUUUUGAUUGGCUGAAGAGGGACUGCUUGCCUGUCUUAUCCUAUCGUCGCGCCUCGUUCUGUGUGUGGGUGGGGCUUAGAGAAGCAGCAGCAGUACUACUGAGCUGACUGAAAGACCGGGAUGACCGAGUUGACUGAAAGAACGGGUCAAAUGAACGAAAGACCUAGUUAACUGAAAGAACGGGUCAAAUGAACGAAAGACCGAGUUGAACGAAAGAUCCAGACCGAUGAACGAGUUGAACGAAAGACCGAGUGAACGAAAGACCCAGACGGAUGAACGAGUUGACUGAAAGACCGAGUUGAGUGGCCGCCGCGACGACGACGACGAGCGGACUGACAAAUGACAGAUUGACCGAAAUGACCGAAAAGAACGAAAUGAACGGGUCUUUUUACUGAACGACCCGGAAUGAUCCGGUUCACUGAAAUGACCGGUUUUGCCCACCACUAAGAUAGAUACUUUAUUAAUCCCCACAUAGGUAAAUUCAGUUGUCAUUCAGUAGCAAGUAUGGAUGUAAGAAAGACAAUAAGUAUAUAUAAAAAUACUCUAAAAGCCCAUGACUUAAACCCCCCACAUAUUUAAUUCAACAAUGGAAAUACUGACUCUGCCUAUUUAUAACUUAUUUGUGACCUGGAAAAUCUAUCAGGCCAUCUCUACUUUUAAAUCUCCUGGAAAACAAUAUCCAGACCUGUGAGUCAACCCAGCUGUCCCCAGAAGUGUGCAAAUGUAUGCAAAUCUUCCUACCUGCACUGUAUCUCAAUGGAUGCUUUAUUAAAAGAUUUCAACCCUUGUGCAGCAGGCAUGAAAUAGAUCUGUUCCUAAGAGCUUGAAGUAUUGUCAGUGUCAAAAUACAGGGGAAAAAAAACAAGAAAGUUCCGCUAUUUUUAGGUUUGUUUUCGAGUAAAAAGUAAGAUAUCGUUUCCUUGUGUGCCAGAUUCCUCACCGCUCCAAAAUAAAACAGUUUAUAAACUUCUUUUCUCCGCAGAAACCGGUGUUUACUUACAGCUCUCACGUGUCCUGGCAUCAUCACCACCAUUCACUCACAUUUCUGCUGGGUGACGUUACGCCACUCUCAGCACCAAAAUUCAGGAGGCUCUGCUUUGCUCAUUGGCGGUCACUGAAUCAGCACCUCAUCUUGAGAAAAAGAGAAAGAGGAGUCUGUGCUCAACAGAAGGACUCCUACGCAUGUAGAGAUGCUGAUCUAUGCAAAAAUACAGAGCAGUCUCUUAAUUUUCAUGUUAUGACUUAAAAUCCAAAGCUCAAAAAUCAACGUGAGUAAAAUAAAAGUAUUUGCAUCACGAAGAGCCAAAAGUAAAAAGCAGUCGCUAUGAAAGGGGCAGAUCAGACUUGGUAGAAACAGGGCAUAAGAUUUAUAAAUGUAUGUUUUGUUUUUGUUUGUUUUUAAACAUAUAAUGAGACUUUUUAUACCCACUAAAGGAGAAAGUCCCCCCUAAAGUGAAGACCACCAUCUUGCACUCUCAUUAUUUAAACCUACAAAUGUAUGUGUCCUGUGUGUGUUUCAGUGAGGCGGGCUCUGAUCCUGGGUUUAUUCCUGAGCCUCCUGUCUGCCCUCUACUUGGUGCCCCUCGGUAUGUAUUCUCCUUGUAUCAAAGAGGACAAGACCCUGGGCCCCAAACCGGCCCUCAUCGGCCACAGAGGAGCGCCAAUGGUGAGAAAGAGGCAAAAAAAUAACCAACAGGGUCUUAAAUUCUCGUGUUUUUGAAUUUUCUUUGUGAUGUUGUUGAAGUUAAAAAAACAGAAACCCACGCAGAUUAUCUGUUCAGACCAUGAGGGCCUCCUCCUUCACAACAGGAACUCAGCUCACAUCCUUCCUGUCCUAGAUGUUUACAAUCCUCAGACAUUGUUUCUACUUUAUAUAAAUAAUACAGUAAAUGAAGUAUGUCUCAUAUUUAUAUCGACUACAGCUAUAUCGAGCAGUGUGCACGAUCAGAAUAAGGAUAUUUGUACCUAAAAGCUGCUCUAUAACAACUAUAACUUGACCUUAUUCCCCUCAGGAUCUUUAAAGUCAGUCUAACGUUGUCGUUUGGUGUCACUUUAUGUGCAGCUCGCUCCAGAAAACACUCUGAUGUCUUUUGAGAAGGCGGUAGAUGCAGGAAGUGAAGGUCUGGAAACGGAUGUCACGAUCAGGUCAGUCAGCAGCUGAGUAGAAAAAUGGAUUUCUGGGAUGUUAACUUUUUACGUCGGGUUUUGACUGGUGCUUACUGGCUGAUAUUCAUCUAAUAGUGAUUAGUGAUAAUCUAAUUAAGUAUACGUGUCCAAUUUUACAUGAGACUGCACAGUAUGUCGCAGUAAUAAACGGAAAACUGCAAAUACAAAGCGUCUUCUCCUUUUUUUUUUUUUACAACAUAGUCAUGCUGUGUUUUUCCUUUCCUUUAGCUCUGACGGAGUCCCCUUCCUCAUGCAUGACCAGACUCUGAGACGAACUACCAACAUACACGAGGUUUACCCCAACAAGACCGACCAUCCAGCCGCCAUGUUCACCUGGACUGAACUGGAGAGCCUGAACGCCGGGGCGUGGUUCCUCUCUGUGAGUCACACACAGUGAAAAUCCUGCUGUAAACCAUAACAUCUGUGGAGAAUCUGAGACCAUCUUUCACUUUUGACACUUGAAAAAGUGAAUAAUUUCUUUGCGCAUUUAAAAAAAUCUGAUUAUUGUCAAUUUAAAUGAAUGUUUUACAUCGAAAAUAAAUCAAGUUAUCACUGUUCUAACAUAACUGAUUAAUAAUCUGAGACUUUUUUCUUGAUAACCUGAUUUUUCUGGGAUGCACAAGUACACGGGUGGCCUGUGUUUAAAAAGUUAUAAAGCGACAGAAACAGAAGUAGGUAGUGAGUUAAAUUACAAAACAUGAUCAAUAUGCAAAAACUCCAUCACAUCAGCUGUUCCACAGAAUCAGCUGUCAGAUGAGGAACACUUUGUCCUGCCUGUUGCAUCACAGUAUUGAUAAGAUAUUGAUCUCUAUCCAUUUCAGCAUGAUCCGUUUGGCACAGCCGGCUCUCUGAGUGCAGACGACAGACUGCAGGCAGAGAAACAGUCGGUCUGCAGCCUUCAGGACUUCCUCCAGCUGGCUGCUCAGAAAGAGAAACUGGUGAUCUUUGACCUGUACCGUCCCCCCAGAGGUCACCCCUACAGAGACACGUGGAUCCAACGAACGCUGGAGGUCAUAAAGAACGAGUCGUCCAUCCUUUCCUCUCAGGUGAGGACGACAGCAGCGUGAGGGGGCGGAGCUUAAAUCAUCGUUAGAAAAAUUAUGUUUACAUUUUCAACAGAAGUUUAUUAGUCAAAGAGGUCAACGAAACACUAUCAGUUUUUCCACAUCAACUAACAGCAACAUGUCAAUAAUCCCUGUUUACUGCAUGCCUCUGCUGCCCCCAAGUGGCCAAAAUAUUAAGUUGCAGCUUUAAAUCAUAACUGAUUAUUUUUAUUACUCACUAAACUUGAGAAGUAUGAUGAACAUUUUUUUUAAAACGACUUCUAAAAGCCAAAAGACUAUGAAAAUACUCAAAAAUAUACAUAUAAAUAAAGUUUUAUGUCUUUUUGUCUGCUGUUAAAUUGUAUUUUGUUUUGCAGAUCAGUACACGUCCCUUUUUUAUCAUCUUAGAUUACUGCAAUGACUUUAUUCCUUUUUUUCACAACUUUUGAAAAAGAUUUUUGACACUUAACAAAACUUGAAGUGCUGACUAAUACUUGACUGUACUUGACAGUUUUAUUGCAGCUGAAAGAACUAGAGAUGAACUAGAGAUAGCGAAUAAAACCUCAUAAAGUUUUUACUCCUUCUUUCGAUUUAAGCCGGAAAAGUUUCAAAGCUUCGAAGCUUGAAACUUGGCGAACAUGUUGACAUCUGGUGGCUUUUAAAUGAUGGUCUUGGCGCCAAUACACCUCCUGAUCUGUCUGAGCAUGCACCUUUUUAAAUGAAACUAUUUGUAUAUCUGCUUUUUCCCAGACAGCGUUCAUACUUCAAGUUUGUGCCUUGCCUUUUGCUCCUAACUUUGGUAUCCAUGCAGCCAUCCAAGUAGGCAGGGACGCCGUGAUAAUGAGCUGCUGCUCUGAUUAGCUGCCUGGAAGUUAUGUAAGAGGGGGAGAGUGGAAACCAUUGGUUGAAAAGUUUGUGAAGAGCUCUUGAAGAAGCUGGACUUGGGCUGAGAUUGUGUUCUUUUGAUUUGAGCUUUGAAGUACUGUUGACCUCUGACUCUCCUCUGCACUUUGACUUUAUCAUUUAAUGGUUAAUAAUACUCAUCACUUGUUAUGUUUAUGUUUUGUGGCACUGUUCCUGUCCCUCGCACUGUCCAUUUGUGUAACAUGUGCAGGGGAAAUCGCUAAAACAAGUUCCUAUUAUGUCUUUUCUUGCACAAAUGGCGAUAAAUAUUUUCUGAUUCUGAUUCUCUCUCUGUUUCUUUCCAGGUGCUGUGGCUGCCCUCAGACCUGCGCGCUCUGGUCCAGGAGAUGGAUCCUGACCUCCAGCAGACAUCAGGCAGUCGGCUCCCUCUAGAGGAGCUGCAGAGCAACAACAUCGUCAAACUCAACCUACACUACAGCCAUAUGUCCUCUCAGCUCGUCAGGUACCACUAAAUGUGCGUGUGUGUGUGUGUUUGAGUGUGUUUUUACACUCUGUAGCUCACUAUGUCUCUUUUAUAACGUGUAUGCAGAGAGUAUGCUGCGGUGAACAUUAGCACUAACCUGUAUGUGAUAAGUCAGCCGUGGCUCUUCUCUCUGGCCUGGUGCUGUGGAGUUCAGUCCAUCACCACCAACAACCCACAACUCCUCAGCACCAUGAAGUCACCUCUACUCCUCAUGGUAACUCUCCAGAUACAGUACAAGCUCUCACUUCAGUCCAUCUGAUAAUUUGCCUGUCUGGUAGAAGACUGAACUAAACUAAACUGAACUAAACCCUGUUUUUAUCCCGCAGAGUCCUGAUGAGUACAGCUUGAUGUGGAUUCUUACUGAUGUGGUUUCCCUCAUGUUGAUCCUCAGCAUCUUCUUCUUUCACUGGUAUUUCACACAAGUAUUAAGUGAUCAUUUAUGUAAGAUAGAAAGCAGCAGCGAUCAUCUCGAUGUUAUGUUCACGCUGUGUUUGCUCGUCAGGUGGAGAGAGCGAAGACUGGCUGACUACUCAGGGGUCAAAAUCACCGCGGAGAACGGGACUUACAGCAAGUUCAGAACAGGUGAGCCAACAUGAGGCAGAGACAGAGAUACUGUGAUUCCUUUCAGCACCUACUCCACUGUUCUUAUUUAUAGAAAUUUAAGUCCUUUUGUGAUUGAAAUCCAACAUCAUUUCUGUAUCUCUCAUAUGUCGUAGAGCUGAGUGAUAUCUGGUCGGUCUCCAGCGCCAACUCUCAGGCAGAGAAGAUGCACAACUUGGCAGCUGUGACCGAGCACUGAUGUCCGUGUUUUAGAGUAGCCAACACCUGAGCCACAUACUGCCAAAAUUCUACAAUCUCUGAAAAAACAAUUACUUUGAAGUGCUCUUUGUUUGAAUUAAAAGGAUGCAAACUAUUUGUUUCUUUCUGAGUUUUUCAUUUCCAUCAUGACAAACAGAGUUGGAUUGUCGCUUCAUUUAGAUGGAAGAGACCCACUGAGGUGAACUUGGUAAACUCUGAACCAGAAUUCAAUAUUUUUUUUAAACUGAAGAAAAAAAUAAACCUUUUCUCCCACAAAUCUGACCUUUACUUAGAAUUCUCGGCUUCCUCUGAAUUCUUACUUUUUAUUCAGACUUUUCUCGAGGAUUCCUUUCAGACUUUUUCCCCUAAAUGCGGACUCAUCCUAGAAAUCUGACUUUUCACCAAGAUACAAGAACUUAAAUGAUCCCCUUCUGGACUUUUCUGAAGACUUUUUUGAGAAUUUAGAAUUGAUUCUUUUUCAUUUUAGACUCUCUUCUUUAACCCUUUAUUGGCCUUUGUAUCGUAUUUGAUACAUACUUUUAUGAUACCGCUAUCAAAUCAAUACGAUGGAAAAAAUAACAAAAAAAAUCAUCAGAGUACAGUCUGAUAAAUGUUAAAAAUCUCUUUUGGUUUAUCAGUUUUCAAAAACAUCUAAUGCAUCAAAUGAGACACAUAAAUAUAUUUGUUAAAUUUUAAGGACAUUUAGAUUUUUUUGUUUUUCGGUAGUAAGUGAAAUAAACAUUUUAGCUCCAAAAAAUUUUUAACUUUCUAGGCAUAAUUUGUGGUUUCAGGCAUUAAAGGGUUAAAUUCUGAUUCCUGACCUUUUUUUCCUGAAAUCUCAACAGAGUUCAGUUUUCUUUCAAAAUUUGGACUUUUUUAGAAAUCUGAAUUUUUUAAAAAUUUAUACUUUCCUUUGAAUUUGGAUUUUUUUCCCCCUAAAAAUUUCUGAUGUGUCUAUUCAGAGUUGGAUUUUUUUUUCUUUGAAAUGUGACUUUUUCUCUGAUUUUUUACACUGUUCCUUUUGUUUCUGUCAUUAGUUUAAUGACAUUUCUUCAAAGGUAAAACUGUUUUUUAAAAUUCUGACUCUUUCUAGAGUUCUGACUUUCAUAAAAACUAUGGAAUAUUUUUAUAAAUUUGACUUUUUUUUUUUUAAACCUUGACUCAUGGACUUCUGACUUUUCUCCUGAACUCAACUUGUCUUCAGAUUUCUGACUCCUGCAUUGAUUUGACUUCUUCUUAGAAAAAAGGUCAGAUCUCAUAACUUCUCUGUUUCUUUUUGUAAAAUGUUGUUUAUUUUUGUCUACAUUUGUAAAUAUGGUCACAUGGGUGGAAUAUUUCCUCCUUCAUAUAAACAGAAAACUGAUUAUGACUUUUGCUUAAAAAUCAACACUAAUGGUUUAUACAUUUAGAAAAAAAAAAUACACAAAUGAGCCCAAUAUCAGUCUACACCUACAGACUGUUAACAUCGGCCUGUUGUUAAAUCUACUGUGGAUCCAAACUUAAAGAGAAACUAACUGUCUUUGAACUUUGUGGCACACGUUCAGUCCAUGUCCUCGCUCAUGCAUGACUAAUAAAGCAAUAAAAAAAA